AUGUCAGAAAAUUCACAGGUACCAGGGUUCAAGGAGUGCUAUUGUGGCCAACUAUCGGUCAUUCGCACAUCGUGGACAUCGGAAAAUCCUGGAAGGCGAUUCAGCUCUUGCAAGAGAGGAGGGUGUACCUUCUUCUCGUGGGUCGAUGGUCCAAUGUGCAAUCGUUCAAAGCAAUUAAUUCCCGGGCUUCUGUGGAAAUCAAACGAGUUACGCGAUCUCGUUCAACAAUUGCAAGAUGAAAACGACAAAAUGAAGGAGGAAAAAAGAUUGUUGGAAAUUGAAUAG